UACCCUUUCCUAUGUCUGUAGGAGUUGAUUAACCAGGGCCGUCAGAAGGUGAUGGAGGCCACCAACGCUCUCAAGUUCCUCCCCAGAGAAUCUCUAGAGGACACCAUCGGGAGAGUGUGGAAGGAGAACCCAGCCCUCACGGAGUCCCAGGUCCAGGCCAUGGCUCUGGGGAGACAGGCCAGUGUAGAGAUGGAGCUCAACCACAGAGAAGCUGUCUACAGAGACGUCCUCAACAAGCAACAGACUCUAAUGAUGUACGUUCAGAAGGUGAUCACCAACAGGAAGGUGAGAGAGCAGCAGAUCGCCAUGGCCAACCAGGCCCAGCUGAUGAGCCAGAUGAACGGCAUGCUGGGAGCUGGAGGGAUGAGCCAGAUGGAACUCUUGGGGUUGUACCAACAGCUGGGGGCGCUACAGGGUCAUCCCACCCACCCCUCCAUGGGCGGCAAGAACCCCGGCCCCUCCAAGGGCAACCUGUAAGGGGAGGGGGACCCAGGGCGUACCCUACAUAGUGCACUAUCCACUAUCCAUAUUGGCUGAGUGCGCAACGUUAGACCAAUGUAGCGAAUAUGGUUCCAUUUGUGACCCGGACUGCCCCCUCGAUGUCUCAGUAGGUUGCUCCCUAAUGCUGCUCUGUCUCCUAUGUAGUGCACUAGAUGGAGCCCGAAGCCCCAGGGUUUUGGUUAGAAGUAGUGCACUAUGUAGGGGAUAGGGGUGUGUGAUCUGGGAACGUAGCCGCUGCCUUACAACCCUUCACUGGGGAGGUGAGAGACGACACAGAGAGAAGGGUCUCGGAGCCCCUCACCACUCCUUCCAGCUCUCCUGUCUCCUGAAGCAGGGAGUGACAUGACUUGUAUAGGGACUAUAUGAAGGGGUUUUAGCAAUUUCAUAUAUUAUAUUGUUAUUAUUAUUAUUAUAUUAUCAUUAUAUUCUGUAUAUAACGCAUUCAUGUUAUUCAGGUUCUCUCCUAUAGUUCACAUGUAUUUAAAGGAAAAACGUUAAGCAUUGCGUUAUUCUUUCUCCUUAAAGGAGGGGUUGUUUAAUGAAUAGAUUUUUCUGUAAGUUGUGUUUUUUUAUACAGUUUUAAUGAAUGUCUAUCUAAAGAACCCCCAGAGUGGGAUCACAGUGCUGACUAAUUGGUGACGGGACUAUUUUAGGAUAUUAAACCGCUACAAGAUGCGAUCCCUCUAGCGGACGGACACGCAGGCUAGCGGACGGACACGCAGGCUAGCGGACGGACACGCAGGCUAGCGGACGGACACGCAGGCUAGCGGACGGACACGCAGGCUAGCGGACGGACACGCAGGCUAGCGGACGGACACGCAUCCAGCGAUGCUGGUGUCCGCAAACUAUUUUGGGAGAUUUUGAUGCAUAGCCAUGACAAGAAAAAACUAUAACAUUCAAAUAAAAAUUAGGGCCAGAUUUCCAUUUCCUAAAGUUUUGUGUAAAUGAGAUUUGAGAAUGAUUUUUCUAUCAGCUUGUGGCUCUUACUAUUACCACUGUUUGUCUCAUGGUUAUUAUGAUGGUAAUAUGGAAUGCUCUUGUAGUUAAAACACACUGCCUCCCCCCCUGUCUCUCACCCCUCGCUCACUUCCCCGGGACUCUCGCUCUUUGUAAAGCUCAUGCUCUUGUUGUCAAGUUGUUGCCUAGCGUAGCUCCAUAUCCCAGGGUGCUGUUCAUCCUUCUCUUUCUGUUCCACUUGUUGCAUCCUAAUCCAACCCUGGUGGAGGACUGGGUCGACAGGAGGUUGUCUGACCUGGUCGACAGGAGGUUGUCUGACCUGGUCGACAGGAGGUUGUCUGACCUGGUCGACAGGAGGUUGCCUGACCUGGUCGACAGGAGGUUGCCUGACCUGGUCGACAGGAGGUUGCCUGACCUGGUCGACAGGAGGUUGCCUGACCUGGUCGACAGGAGGUUGUCUGACCUGGUCGACAGGAGGUUGUCUGACCUGGUCGACAGGAGGUUGCCUGACCUGGUCGACAGGAGGUUGCCUGACCUGGUCGACAGGAGGUUGCCUGACCUGGUCGACAGGAGGUUGCCUGACCUGGUCGACAGGAGGUUGCCUGACCUGGUCGACAGGAGGUUGUCUGACCUGGUCGACAGGAGGUUGCCUGACCUGGUCGACAGGAGGUUGUCUGACCUGGUCGACAGGGUAGAGGAGGGGGAGGUCGGGGUGCUUCACCAAGCAAGGUCAUGUCCAGCUCUUUUAUUUCAUUAUGGGUGAACCCAGCGGGAAUCCAAUUCACCGUCUUGACGUUGCAGGUGCCCGGAUCAACUGAGCCACAGAGGACUGAAGUUUGACACCAUCUAGCUUUUAAAUCAGGACCCGAUUCCAGUGUGCCAUUCCUUAUCCAGACCUGGGUUAGCUGCACCAGGCCUGGGUUAGCUGG